UAUCAAGAGGUGACAGUCAGACCGCCCGGGAAGAAAGAUGGACAGAGAAAUGCUAAAAUCGAAAUGGAUGGCAACGGUUGCCAGCAUAUGGAUCCAGUGCAGCUGCGGCGCAUCCUACACCUUCGGUAUCUACUCUUCCAUCCUCAAGUCCACUCAAGGUUACGACCAAUCAACGCUCGACACCAUCUCUGUCUUCAAGGACAUCGGAGCCAACGCCGGCAUCCUCUCUGGCCUUCUCUAUUCCGCCGUCACCCUCCACGGCAACCACAGCCGUCUCGGAGUUUUUAUCGGCCCAUGGGUGGUCCAUGCGGCAGGGGCGAUCCAAUGUUUCCUCGGGUAUUUCGUGAUAUGGGCUUCCGUGGAUGGAUUGAUUCCCCGGCUGCCGGUGCCGCUUAUGUGUUUCUUCAUGUGGAUGGCCGCACACGCGCAGACGUUCUUUAACACCUCGAACGUCGUGAGCGGUGUUCACAAUUUCGGUGACUAUGGUGGGACCAUUGUUGGCAUAAUGAAAGGCUUUCUUGGGUUGAGUGGAGCAAUGCUAAUUCAAUUUUAUGAGACGGUAUGCCUGGGUAAUCCAAAAAGUUUCAUUCUACUAGUUGCUCUGACACCAACAUUGCUCUCUCUGUUGCUUAUGAAUUUGGUAAGAAACUAUGACACAAAUACAAAAGAGGACAAGAAGCACUUAAAUGCUUUCUCAGCAGUUGCUUUGAUCAUUGCUGCUUAUCUAACAAUUAACAUACUUUUGGAGAACAUCUUUACUUUGCCAUUAUGGUCACGCAUCAUCACAUUUGUAGUCUUGGUGUUUCUUGUUGGCUCUCCUCUUGGAAUUGCAGUCAGAGCUCAGAGAGAGAGCUGUGAUAGAUUUGCACAAUCAUUACUAGAAGAGAGGGGUUACAAACCAAAGCCAGAAGAAUCUUCCGAGUUUUCUGCAGCAGAGGAUCCUACAGAUUAUCGUGCACUGCCUAGUGGCGAGGCUCAAGCAAAGGCUGCCACUGAUUACCAAAGUUCAUCAGAUGAAUAUGACCUUAAUCUAUUGCAAGCAUUGCGAACUGUAAACUUCUGGUUGUUAUUUAUUGCUACAAUUUGUGGAUUAGGAUCUGGGCUCGCAACAGUAAAUAAUAUCAGUCAAAUAGGAGAAUCCCUUGGUUACACAACCAUUGAAAUAAAUUCUCUUGUUUCAUUGUGGAGUAUAUGGAAUUUUCUUGGCCGUUUUGGAGCUGGAUAUGUGUCCGAUAUUUUCUUGCACAGAAGUGGCUGGGCAAGGCCAUUAUUCAUGGCAAUCACUUUAUCAACUUUGUCCAUCGGUCACAUAGUCAUUGCCUCAGGUUUUACUAAAUGUUUGUACCUGGGUUCAUUCCUUGUGGGGGUUUCUUAUGGUUCACAGUGGUCAUUGAUGCCUACAAUCAGUUCUGAGCUAUUUGGUGUGGGGCACAUGGGUACUAUAUUCAACACCAUUGCCAUAGCAAGUCCUCUUGGAUCAUAUAUUUUCUCUGUAAGAGUGGUUGGGUACAUUUAUGACAAGGCAGCAACCGGUAAAGAUAACACAUGCUCUGGAACUCACUGCUUCAUGCUGUCUUUUCUAAUCAUGGCAGCUGUUGCUUUCUUUGGAGUUCUUGUUGCUCUUGUGCUGUUCUUUAGGACAAGGAGGUUCUAUCAGGAGGUUGUGCAUAGACGGGUACAUCAUUCUUAGAGACCGUUGAUUUGAAAGUUCAGUAAGGAAGAGUUUGUGUUGUAUCCUAGUGUUAAUAUAUGGAAUUUCAUGUGGAGUAUAAAUUUUGAGGGGUUAAUAGUCCUAUUUCAUAAAAUUAAAGGGUUUAAUGGUUAGAUUUUAUAAAGUUUUAAUAUUGAAAAGAUUGGGUGUCAAUUGACUUUUUGUGCAAAAAUAAAGGGUCAUGUUAUAUA